UUGUUGUUGUUCAUUGUUUUUAAACAACAACAACCUACUGUAACUUGUAUCUAUAUGUUUUUAGGCAUACAUUUAAGUUAUACGCUUUCUAUAAACGCAAUAUUCUAUCUAUAUAAACGGAGAAGAAUAAAUUGCAAAUCGAUUGAUGUUAUUCGCGUCGCCUAGCAAUGUAGAUGCAAUUGAGUCAAUAAAAGAAGACAAUAUUGACCUUAAUUAAACUAGUUGAGGAUCAUGGCAGCUAGCUCAGGUUUGAGUCAGCGUGUUGGCAGUUACGAUUCAGAAUUUGAAUAUGACAGUGAAGCAGAAAGAAAGAGAAGGAAAUAUGCCGAUUUGUCAGCAAAGGACAAGAAGAAAAAAUCAUCCAAAGGUCACAAAAGAGAACUUGAGGAAGAGUAUAAUAAGGAAGAGGGACGAAUAAUGCGACACAAGAUUAUAAGUCUCAAUGCUUUUGACAGACACAAGGUAUUAGUGAAUAACUACCUUACAUACUAUGGCGGGACAGCAACAGAAUUAAAACGAGACAGUUCCAAAGACAAAACAGACUUUGAUGUGAUAAGAGAAAACCACAAGUUUCUGUGGACAGAAGAAGACGAUCCUGAUGAGACCUGGGCCAAGCGACUGGCUAAGAAGUACUAUGAUAAGCUGUUCAAGGAGUACUGUAUUGCUGACCUGAGUAGGUACAAGGAGAACAAGGUGGCCAUGCGAUGGAGAAUCGAACAGGAGGUGCAGCAGGGAAAAGGCCAAUUUCUUUGUGGUGAUAAAAAAUGUAAUGAACAUGAAGGCUUGAAAAGUUGGGAGGUUAACUUUGCGUAUAUGGAAGAUGGACAGAAAAAGAAUGCCUUGGUCAAACUCAGACUCUGUCCCGACUGUUCCUACAAAUUAAACUACCACCAUAAAAAAAAGGAAGCAAAGCCAAAAUAUAAAGUAAAAGAUGGAACAUCAAAAGAUAGAAGGCACAAGAAGUCCAGAAAACACACAAGAGCCUCCGAAGACUCAGACUCGGAAGGAAGUCCAAAUCCAGAUGAGACCCCUGGUUAUAACAAGGACACAGUGAAGCCCCCAUCCGAAGACAAACAGUCAGCGGAGGAGACUUCCACCAACAUAUGGAGUGGACCAGCUAAGAUUGUAGAGGAGAAAUCAAGAGAAGAGGAAUUUGAUGAAUACUUUGCUGACAUGUUUUUGUGACCCGAUGAACCUCCAAUCUGGCUAGGAAUGUACCAGAUGAAUAUAGUCCAUAAAUACAAAUGAAUGGACAGUUAGUGAUAGUAGCUUUCAAGCUUUGGUGAGCUAAACAUUCUAUUGUCAAGCAAUUUUAAUGCAUGGAACAAUUAUGUUCAUGUAAUUGCAUGAAUUAUUCACAUGUUUUUAAUGUUUAAACAACUGAUUUGCAAGCAGUAUGAUUUGCAAAACAACUUUCAUAUAUGGCUUGCCAUUGCUUGUUCAUGAUGUAAUUACUAUUGGUAUGAUAUAAAUAAACUGUUAAUUGCAUAACAUAUUGAUGUUUUAUUGUCCUUAUUGAGUUAUUUCUUAAACAUGUCAAUGAACAAAGAGAUUGGUAUAUAAUUAUAUUUGCAUUUUCAGCAUUUAAACAUAAAAAUAAACAAGACAGUGUCUCAAUUACAAGAAUCUCCCUGUUAGUUCUGAUGUGCAAAGAAAGUCAAGGUCAAGGAAAAGUUGAUAAUUUGGCUAAAAUUAAGUAAAAAUACUGUAUAUAUGUAAAUGUUAGCAGUGUUGGUGCAAGAAGAAAAUGUAGAAUAUAGCUAACACUAACUGCAUCGUGGUCACUCAGCUAAUUCCCCUUACUCAUCAGUAGUUGUCAAAGAAAUAACAUGGAGAAAUAGUUUUCCAUAAUGUCAAAAACGCCAAAGAACAAUAAACCUGUUUAAUAUGUCAAAUAUUCAUAUGAGUUGAUGUUCUUAAACAUCAAUGACUAAAGCAAUCUUUAACAAAACUUCACAAAAAAUCUUUUUCUGGACUUCCAACAAAAGUUUGUACAAUUAACGUCUUUUGUGGGCGUACAACCCCAAACAAAGUGCCAAGUGUGAACAGCACUGCACGACCCUUAUAAGCAGUCAAAUAACUCACAAUUAGAAGUAAUCCAAUAACAAUUUGAUGCAUACAGAAAUGUCUUGCAUUACAUGCAGUUUAACAACAACAUUCACUUUCACAUUAUAUUUUUCUAAAUAAACUAGAUGUUUUUUUGUAUUUUUGAUAGGCUUGAUAUCAAGUACUCAACAUUUGGAAUCGUCCUGUUGCACAGGGACCAUGUGACCCCAUUUCUUGCCCGUGCUAAUAGAGACUGGGAUAGGGAUCCUCAGUCUCACUCCAAAACUGGUCAGCAAUUCCCUCUCCUCCAUCACUGACUUCACGAGAUCUACGUUAUAUGGAGAAAGAAAAAUUACACUAUCAUUAACCACUAGAUCUACAAAUAUUGGGGAAACAAAAUUCUAUGAACAAUCACUUUCUUCUUUAGAAGAAUUGGACAAAUUUUCUGUUUACUCCAACACUGACUUCACUAGAUAUACAAGCGGUGGAACAAAAAAGAUAUUCACUCAGUCACUGACUUGUCUCGAUACAAAGCAAUAGAACAAAAGUUAUUCACUUAAUCACUGAAAAAGCGAUAUUAUAAAAUGAUAUUCGCUCGAUCAAUGACUUUCCUAGAGCUGCAAUGAAUGUGACAAAAAUAUAUUCACUCGAUCACUGACUUCACUAAAAAUUCAAUGAAUGGGGAUAAAAUAUUUUUCCUUAAUCACAGGCUAGAUCAAGACAAAAUGGGACUUAUUUUUUUUAUUUAAUCGUUGACUUAACUAGAUCAAGACAGAAUGCAAAUGAAAAGAUAUUCAAAGGAUGUUGCAAAAAGGUUCUAAUGUUCAGUGUGUAAAUCAUUUGAAAUACCACUGUGCAUUCAAAAAGGUAUCAACAUUUUUUGUUGCUCGACAUACACACAACAGAUGCAUUUUAUAUUUUAGCUUAUAUAUUCUGGUAAAAAUCUUUAAAAAUUACAGUUUUGUUAAUAGAACCACCUGACGGACAUUCCAUUUAUAAAAAUACAAAAGAAGCCAUUAAUAUAUGCAUUUUACCGGUAAGAAAAUAAUUUUCACUUGUACAUUUUUGAUACAAACAAUCAUAUGUUAUAUGUACUAUAAUUGACAUUAUGUUGAAUGUUACCAACAAACUACAGUCGAAACCCGAUGGCUCAAACUCGCUUGGCUCGAACUCAUGUUACCAAUAAACUACAGUUGAAACACGAUGGCUCGAACUUCCGGUUGGCUUAAACUCUCAUCAAAGCACCGAUUUUUUAUUGCUAUACAUGUAUAUAAAAUUUGUCCAAUGGCUCGAAUUCGCAAGGCUUGAAUUCUCGGAUGGCUCAAACUGUUUUCACAGUCCCGGUGACAAUUUUCACACGUUCUUUUGUUCACAUGGCUCAAACUCGCUUCGGGAAGCAUAAACUGUUCAUCGAUUAGGACCCGCUUGAUUAAAGGCACUCAAUAAUUGAUUUAACACCAUUUACAAAUAUGUCAUCGACUUAGUUGUUAAUUGAUUUGGGUAAAAGAUGCAAUUUUGUAUUAAUAUAAUCAGAAAAUAUCUCGAGGAGUUUGAAAACUCACAGCAUGUUCAAUCUCUACUGGAUGUUAUAGAAAGCUUUGUUUCUCGACGACAGCUAAGGAACGCAACACAGACUGACAUAAUGUUAUUCUUAAUUUUUAUAAAUAAAUCAAUCAAUGUAGUACUGUCUCAUAUGUAAAUGAUGUGUAUUUAGUGCUGAUGCAUGUUUUUUCCUUAAUGCUCUGUGUUACCAGAAAAUGUGCAAGGUUAACACGCGCUGAUAUAUUUUACAAUAUGAUAUUUACUUGAUUGUAUUUGUUGCUGUUUUAAAAUAUUGGUAAAUAAAAGUAUUAAGUAUA